UACAUUAUAUUAACCAAACAUUCAACUCAAUAUUGACUGACAUAUUGGACAAAAUUUCUCCAUUUUUGCUUGAAGAGUUGAUCAAUAUUGCUCUGGCUUUGUUAGCACUGUUAUCAAAGCUUGCCACUAGGUCAUGUAUAGUGAAAUUGGAUUUAGUUGUGUAUUGUUAGUUUGCAAGAUACUGUAUUGUUUGCUCUAAUUCUUUUCUCUGGAUGACUUACCGUGAAUGUACCUUUAUAGCUUAGAGGAGAUAUCAAGUUGAGCUAAAGUAUACACAAAGAUAAAGGAUAAAUACCCGGUUUAACAUAUGGAAAUGGACAUGUGAUUUUGUUAGAGAAGAAUAGCACAGGAAAGAGCUCAGGAAAUCAUGCAUGGUGCUGCCUCACCAUUUACGUGGCAGGGCCUCAGCCCCUAUGAUGUAUACCAGCAGGCAGCCCAGGGUCUUCAGCCUCAGGCUGUGCUACCCCCUCUGCCAGCACAGCCACAUAUACCACACAUGCCAUCGGUCAUGAAUCCAAGACUUCCAGUACAAUGGAUAAACCCAGAUCUCAGAGUUCCUACAUCCAUGGAUGCUUACCUACAUAAGUUGCAAGGAAUGAAUGGCUAUUCAUCUAGAUCUAUGUAUGAAACCUCUCACAGUGCCACAGAUGCUACAUUACCAAGUUCCCUCCCUGCAUUUCAUUCUCUUUCUGAUAGGAAUAAAAGUAACAGUGAUUUAUAUUCUAACAUAGGUAACACUUCCUUUAAACAUGAUCGUAUGGAUAUAGUAGAAUCAAGUAAAGAAACAAUGAGAAAUACAUUUAGCGCAUCAAAAGUUGGUUCAUCACAGAAUGUUAUGAGAGAUGCAUCGCCUUUUCCAUUCUUGCCGUCUUUGUCAACUCGAGAGCAGAUGAUGCCCAUCACUACACAUUCAAGUGAUAUGUUUUCUCAUUUGAAAUGGAAGAAUGCAUAUUUUACACCGCCAUCAAGUAGUGCUUCUAUCCCAUUGUGCGUAUCAUCCCAGUCAACUACCUCAGCAGAGCUUAUGCCAGUAUCAACUACUGCUGCCAGUGUUAUACCAUAUUACUCUAAACCCAGGGAUAUUAACACAUACUCUAUAUCUAAUGGUCUGUUAAAUGAUGCUGCCAGUAAAGAGGCAGCUAGGAUUCUUGAAGAAGCCAACUUGUCCAAUAUGAAAUCAGGGUAUGCCUUCAUGGACAGGAAACUCAAUUCACCUUUUACAGACAUAUCAAACGAACAAAGGCAGCAACUUCCAUUAGCAUCUGAACACCAAGGAUUAAAUGCACCAUCUUCCAGUCAUAGUUUCCAUAAUUUUCAUCUCAAAUCUCCGGUGGACUAUCGGCCAGAGAAUCAGGUUCAGGGUGCAUUUCCAAAGCCUACCAGUGGGCCCAUACAACAGCAGUCUGUUGGGCCAUUGUUAGGACAGUCUAUACAGCCCAUCCACAGACCAUCAGCUGAGCCCAUACAGAGCCAGUCUACUAUAUCCAUGCAAGGGCAGUCUGUUAUGCCAUUGCAUAGACCACCUGAGUCAAUACCGGGAGAUUUCUGGUCAAACUUUGGUCAGCCGCCUCCAAAUGUUGAACUCGAUCAGGGGUCACAUACAGCAGUAAAUACUUUAAAGAGGACUGGAAACUUUCUUAACAAUUCAGAUGGCCUUUUGCAAGCCCAGAAAAGGCCAAGACAGGAUGAAAGUAUUGUUAAAGAAAAUGAUGCAGACACCCUCAAGGGUUCAGAAGAUCAGCUCAGAAAAGAAACAUUUGAUGAUAAGAAAAAGCCUGAAAAACUAACAAGAAGAAAAAGCUUUACAGAGGAUCCAGUUAUUGAUGCCCUUGUUGAUGCCAAAGUGCAGGAAAUAAUGGCUGCUUGUAAAGAGAAGGGACAAACAAAAACAGGCAUGGAGAAACCUAAACCUGUCAAGUCACCAAAACACAGCAGCCAGUCAGUCAAUGUACAGUAUGACAAGCAGCAGGUGCAUCUAAGCAGUCGGACAGAACAGCGUCAGGAUAACCAAAGUUUCCAACCAAAAACAGUACCAAAUAAUGUGUAUGACUUUGAUGAUAAUUGCGACAAUAUAAAUUUACAAACUUCAUAUAAGGACUUGCCUCAGCAAGUAAUGGACAUGAGAUGUUAUAAAAAGGAAAAACAUGUAGUAAAAACUAGCAAGGUUUCUGAUCAGAAAUAUGCCUUGAAAGCUGAUGCCUUGCUUAAUGUAAGAGCAAAUGAAAUGAAAGAAAAAAUUAAUGAAGAACUGAAACGUAAGGCCGAAUUCAAUAGUCACCUGAAUCUUUCUGUCUCUGGCAAUGUUAAUCAGCAGAUCGUCGGCAAUGAUGCUUUUAAUUCAGAUUUAAGUAAUCCAGCUGAAAACUUUUUACAUAGAAAUAUAUUUGAGGGAGAAAAUAAAACUUCCAGUGGCAUCGAGAAUUUGAAAGCAAGUCCAUGUUGCACCGAUUGUGAUAAAGUUGGGAAAAGGUUUUCAGAAAAAUGUCGGAAUUCUCGCCAAAUGUUUGACAAGAAAGGCAUCAUAAAGGAAGCUCCUUUUCAGUUCAGUGAUAAUUCAAGUAAUUUUGGAGCUUUUAACAAGAGUAUAGAUAAAAGGCAAGAGAACUUGAACUGUUUUAAAGCUUGGAAUAAUGACAACCUGAAAUCUGAACACGAGAAAGCUUGGAAUAAUGACAACCUGAAAUCUGAACACGAGAAGUUUGUUAACAGUUAUGAGAAAAUGCAUGCAGGGCAUGAACUUUAUUCAGAAAAUAAAUAUAAUGUGCAAUAUUUAUCAGAAAAUAAAAAAAAUGUGAAUAUGAACUACUUGGAUAAAUAUCGAGGUAUCAAUAAAAGGGGGUUCAAGUUGGAAAAGACGUCUCAAAAGUUCAGAAGUGUUACAUCAAAACUUGACAGACCUCAGGGACAACUCAGUGCAACUAAAAAAUUUGGCAGCAAACCUUAUGGAAUUAAAUCAUCAUUUGCUUUGCUCAAAAAAUCACAGAAAUUUCAUAAUGUGAAAUUACCAUCUAUCAGGAAGAAGUGGAGGAACAAUCCUAAGUACAAGAAAAUACCUAAAGACGAUUUUGCAGAAAAGUUGAUAAAAAAUCUUGGAUUUCCGCCAUUAACAUUAAAAGAUCUGAUUUCAAAGAGACAUUGCAAGUUGCCGCAUGGGUAUAUUAAUGGGCACUCUACAAUCGCAGCAAGUAUGUUGAAUGCUGAAGAUAAGGCAGCAAGUAGAGGCACACUUCCUGCUGCAGAUAGUGGCACUACAGUAUCUGUCCCUGAUUACAGCAGUCUCGUGUCUGAUAGUUGCCACAGUGUGCAAUCUACAAUGCCUAAAAUGAGCUCGAACCUAGAUGACAAGUCUUCUGUUUACAGUGCAUCAAAUGGAGUCCAAUCAGCUUUUGAUGGAGCGAAAUAUCAAAGAUCUAAGAGUGCAGACCAGACAUUUUCAGAGGGUGACACUCAUCCUGUCCAGAGGUCAAGGUCUUGGUCUUUUGACACUAUUAAAAGGGAAUCGGGCAUCAAAGUUAACAACGAUACACCUAUGUCAGUAGACACAGAGACAGUUAAAACAAUAUCUGAACAGAUUAGUGGCUUGCAUGAAUUAAUUACUGGACAGGAGAGAAACUUAGAGAGUAAUACAGUCAUUGAAGUACCAAAAUGUGGAUGUCUUGGUACAGAUGAUAUAUCAAUAGAAGCUGUUGACGGUCCGUACUAUACACAUCUUGGUGCUGGGCGCAGUGUUGAGGCCAUCAGAAAAACUUUAGAAGAAAGAACUGGUCACAGUGGUAAAGCUAUCAGAAUAGAGAAAGUACGUUACACUGGCAAGGAAGGCAAAAGUUCACAAGGGUGCCCUAUUGCGAAAUGGAUUGUACGAAGGUCCGGUGCUGAGGAGAAGUAUCUAGCGCUAGUGAGACAUCGUCCCAAUCACGGUUGUGACACAGCCUGGUUGAUUAUCGCCCUAGUUGCCUGGGAAGGAGUAGCAGCAACAGAGGCAGAUGACCUCUAUGACUACCUGUCUGGCACAUUACCAAAGUAUGGAAACGAGACUGAAAGACGAUGUGGCACAAAUGACAGGAAAACUUGUGCUUGUCAAGGGGCAGAUCUGAUGAAGCGAGGGGCAUCUUUCUCUUUCGGUUGCUCGUGGAGUAUGUAUUUUAAUGGGUGUAAGUUCGCACGCAGUGCACAUGCCAGAAAGUUCCGGCUCAAGAAUGAGGAAGAGGAAACUGUACUGGAGAAGAAGUUACAAGAUUUAGCAUCAAAUGUAGGACCAUUGUAUCAACAGUGUGCACCUAAGGCUCAUGCUAACCAGUGUUACCUCUCCGAGAAGGCGAAGGAUUGCAGACUAGGUGGUGCAGAAUUUAGUCCAUUCUCCGGAGUGACAGCCUGUGUAGAUUUCUGUGCUCAUGCUCACAAAGAUAUACACAAUAUGAACAAUGGAAGCACUGUUGUGGUAACCUUAACAAAACAUCGAGGAUUGUCAAAGCCUGAGGAUGAGCAGCUACAUGUUCUACCACUGUAUGUGUUAGACCCUACUGAUGAAGCUGGAAGCUAUGAGGGACAGUAUGACAAGAUAAAGAAAGGUUCUCUUGAAGUACUGCAUCAGUUUCCGCUUGAGGCUAGAAUGAGAGCCCAUCCUCUCCAGUCGUGUAAGAAACGUCGCAUGGCCAAGAAGGGUCGUGGUGGUACAAGGCACACAGUAAAUGGUAGAUUGUCACCUUGGGAUUCAUCAUCGUCUGCCCAGUCUACACCAAAAAAAGAUUUCUUCCAUAGUCAAGAUGUGCUUCUUAGUCCAACAGGCUCUUAUGGUAAUAUGCCUGCCAAACAACCUGCAAUGGAGUUUCCUGUAGGCAGUGAUAAACCGAUCUCAUAUGAUGAUCUCAUGGCCAUGUCAACUCAGGCAGACUUUAAUACACUGUAUGAUAAAUUUUGGGACUACUUUUAUGCAUUUGGGGUUUUCCCUCCGUCAUCAGUUUUAGCAGCAAAUCUGCAAAGUUCAGCUGCUGGAGGCUUAGAUAAAACUCAAAACCCAGUAAGUUACAAACUUAAUGAGAAAAUGAGGCAGCAUGAUAAACCAAAUCAUCUGACUGCUGUUGAUCCUGUAACUGAUUGCUCAGUGCCUUCUCACAUGACUAAAUCUCAGGAUGAACAACACAUGGCUAGCACUAGAGAUCAACAACACAUUGCUGUAUCUCAGGUUAAACAGCACCAUGCUAGUUCUCAACAUCAACACAUGGCUAUACCUCAGGAUGAACAACACAUGGCUAGCACUAGAGAUCAACAACACAUGGCUGUGUCUCAGGAUAAACAGCACCAUGCUAGUUCUCAACAUCAACACAUGGCUAUACCUCAGGAUGAACAACACAUGGCUAGCUCUAAAAAUCAACAACCCAUAGCUAUAUCUCAGGAUAAACAGCACCAUGCUAGCUCUCAAAAUCAACAAAUGGCUGUAUCUCAGGAUAAACAAUACAUGGCUAGCUCUAAAAAUCAACAACACAUGGCUAUAUCUCAGGAUAAACAACACAUGGCUAGCUCUAAAAAUCAACAUGUGGCUAUAUCUCAGGAUAAACAGCACAAUGCUAGCUCACAAGAUCAACAACAUAUAGCUAAGUCUCAUGAUAAACAAUACAGUGCUAGCUAUCAAGAUCAACAACACAUGGCUAUAUCUCAGGAUAAACAACACAUGGCUAGCUCUCGAGAUCAACAACAAAAAUCUCAGCAUCAUCACCAUAGUUCAUCUAUGUUUAAUACUAACACUGUUCAGGUUGAAAAUCCGUUUAGUGAUUCUCCUCAUUACUAUGGUAAACCUCCACCUCUCUACGGGGAUGUCAUUAAACAGAGUUUUCAGGAAAAACAAGCAAGUGAUCUUCAUUCUGACAUACAGGCUGUAGCUUACAAAGGUUGCGGUACCAAGGAUAGAUCUGUUCAUUAUGGAGUUACUGCCCCUUAUGGUACUGGUCCAUACCCACCAGUUUAUAUGAAUGGCUCCCAUGAGAAUGAGCUCGGAUCAGGUCUUUCCUCCUCACAACAGACAGUAGACAAACCAUGGUACUUGCCGUCUAAACUUCAGUCAGAUACCCAGGCAUUGGAUCUGUCAUUCUCAUCAAGCAGCAGUAAAUCUGAUGGACUUGCAGCAAGUAUGGACCAGUCAGUUCCACUGUCUGCAAGUCUAGUGGGGCAGUCAGUUUCUGAACCAGCUAAGUCUGUACCGACACAUAAUUUGCCUGAUUCUUUUAAAGGUACAUCAUGUCAGUCACCGUUACAUUUGCUUUCACAAGCAGUGGAUAUACGGAGUAAAAAUGUAGGUUACGUCGGCACACUGUCUUAUGUUAAUAGCAAUAACCAGAAUACACAGGCAGCAAAACCCGAGGAUUUAGCUGGUUUCACAGACAAAUACAGCCAACAAAAUAACUCUCAGUCAGGACAAAGCAACUUUAGUCUUCCUGCAUAUGAUGGACAUUAUAAUAAAGAAAGAAAUCAUUUAUCUGCAAGUCAUUAUCCAAAAGAAACUCCAGAAUUGUCAAAGUCUUACAUGUUAAAUUCACAAAUACAGAAUCAGUAUGAGCAGGUAGGAAUGACAGCUGGCAAUCAUUUCCAGAAACCAUAUGAUCCACACAAACUGACGUACCUUGAUAAACUUGAAUCUGUCAAUACUGAAAAGAUGGUUAAUCCUGCAGAGUCUAGCCUCCUGGAUCCUGAUGUCAUAAAAUGCGAAAUGGAGUACAAUGAGGAAGCAUUCCUUGAUCCCAAUAUCGGGGGCGUUGCUAUAGCAUUGAGUCAUAGAGCUGUUCUAUUUGAAGUUGCUAAACGCGAGCUGCAUGCUACAACUGGACUGAAAAACCCAAAUCGUCAUCAUCCUACUCGAAUAAGUUUGGUUUUCUAUCAACAUAAAAACUUGAAUAAUGAGAGACAUGGUAUGUAUGCUUACGAAAAGAAAUUGGAAGAUCUGAAGAUGAAAAGAAUAGAAAAGAUGCAGCUAGAACGUGGCUAUGUAGACAUGCAGGAAAUUGAGAGGAGCUUUAAGGGAGGAAAGAAACGCAACUUAACUGAUGAGGAGGCGGAGAUUGCACAGUUACUUCAAAGUUCUAAAGGAGAAUAUAAGUUUAUGUGGAAUUGUAGUACAAAUCGUUGUGAUUCCAAUACAACAGAAACUGUCUCGACAAAAUGGAUUGAUCCAUCUCCACUAGUGACCGGUCCCUACCAGAAAUGGGUCUAGAUGAAAAGUACUGAUAGUCACAGUCCAUUAGCAGGCUACAUGUAUGGCCAGUUAUUAGGUUAGAAUGUAUUACAUACUGGUAUAUUCAUAGGGCCAAGUAUAAAAUUUUCUCUGGUGAUACAUUACAUCAUGCAAUUUACACCAUGUUUUACAACUAGAGAUACUUUAUAUUGUUUAUAUCACCCCUUGUAUUUAUUAGAAGAAAUGUUUUUAUCUUGUUGUUUCUUGUAGAUGUUAAAGUCUAUAUUUAUUUUUGAUUUCUCAGGAAUUUUUGAAGAUGUUUUACAAGUAAUUAUGAUGCUGUUGUACUAGAAGAAAUUGUAUAUUAUACUUCAUGUAUAAUAGAAACAUUAACAAAAAUGUUUAUAUGAUGUAACAUGUUAUUUGAACUUAAGUUCUAGAUGAAGUAUGCUGUGUUAGUGCUAUGUCAUACAGUAUGAGUGUGAUGUUGUUGUUGUUGCUAUAGUUGCAAUUAUUUCUUUUAGUCAGUGCUUGUUUCAGUAUUGUGUGAAGAGAUAGUUCUCUGCACGACUUGUGCUUCUUUUUUUCCUACUGAUCUCACAUGUAGAGAUGUUCUGUGAUGUUUCUUUGUCUCCACUUAUAAAGCUGAGUAUGGAGACCAGUUUCAAAUCUCAGCAUGUGAUUGGUUUGUUCUGAAAAUAAUUUUGAAAUUGACCAAUGGCAAGGCUGUAUUCUAAGACUGGUUUCCAAAUUCACGUUUAUGAUGGUAGAAUCUGUAUGACAAGAGAAUUAUCUGUAUAUAUAAUAGCUCCAUUUGUCAGUAUAGGGUCUAUGUAACAGUUGGAACACUCGUAGUAAAGAAAUUGUUGAAUAUUGCACAUUCUAGACUUAGUCGGGGGUUAUAAUUCAGAGUUUGUUAUAUAUUUGGAAAUAUUGUCUGUAGAUUUAUUGAACGAGUUUUAAGCUCUUUGUAUUUACAGGGACUUUUUGUAUAACAUGUAUAUGUUGUGUGCUUCAACAGGUCAAUUCUACAUUUACCAAUGUUGAUGUUAUUGCAUUUUUUUUUUAAUUUAUAGUCACCAUGAACAACAUAUUUAGUAGGAAUAACUUUUCUUGGUGUCUGGGGUUGAACCCAAUACACAAAACACACUUCUAUAUUUAAGGCAGUGCUUGCAACAUUUGCAGGUUGUCUAUCACUGUAUGUCUUUGUUCUAUUUUAAAUUUUUAUCAUGUGGGAAGAGAUAGUCUGGAACUGUGUAAAAGGUAUGAAUGUAAAAAUUUAAAAGAUUGGUUUAAACAGAGCUUAUUUUUAACAAAAACUUGCUUGUUACUGCAUUUUGUAAUUCUUUUUACCACCGUUAAAACUGUAUUGUAUAAAGUAAACAUUUUCUCAUUCUUAUACGUAAUGUGGGUCAUUAUCUGUUUUAUAAUAUAAAUAAAAAGGAAACCCAUGAGGAUAAUUUAAAAUUGGUUUGUUGUGCAUUUGAAAUACUUAUGCUAUUUAGAUUAUUUGUAUUACAAGUAAGUGGUUUUAUAUUUGAUUCCAUGUUAGAGAAAAGUUUUAUUAUUGUGUGUUGAAAAAUCACAGCAUCAUCUUUCUAUACUAAGGAUUCUGACUUAGACAGGUUUAAAUUGCCAUAACAUGUACUGCUGCAAUAGUGUUGAUAUUUACUUUUAUAACGGUAAAUAGCUCAAACAUCUUGUCCAUUACUUACAUUGUUCCAUUUUCAGUUGGGUGGUGGGGCUGCCACGCCCAUCUUUUGCUACUUGUUUUCCAUUUUUGAACCUUCAACAUGAUUGUUCCAUAUCAUUUAAAGAUAGUUUUUUGUUAAUUUGUUAAGGAUUUUCAUGUUAUUAUUAAAGUAUUUUCAUUUUUAACUUAAAAGUAUGGAAGUUUUAUUGUUAUAUUAUGGAUUUUUAAAUUGUUGCCCACAUUUAAGACCAGGGAAACAUUGUACCACUGUAUAUAUCCAUAAAUUAUAAUUUACUCUCUCUGUUUUUUAAGCCUUUUCUACUUCUCUUUACAUGGAAAAUACUGGAUACAUUUUUAGUUUGUUUUAUAAAUUAAGUGUAAAGGGGCCUGCCUACAGAUUUAGCUUGGAAAGUACUUUCAUAAAAUAGUUACCGGUAGUAAACAACAAAAAGAAAGUGAUGAGCUUUUGUGUAAGGGAAGUAACUGUGUUAGGCUUACAGUAAAACAAGAUGGUGCUGUAGGCAGUGUACAUUCAUGGAAGGGAAGUAACUGCAUAAGGCUCACAAUAAAAAUGUGCUGCAAAGUAAUAAACCUAAAAUAACGACUUAUUCAAUAAUUAUUCAUCUAUGUUCGAUGUUUUGUAGACAGUGCCUUCAAAUUUUGAAAUAGUGCUGUAUAUCUGGAGGCAUGCCCCUUUAAAAUAAAUAGAAAUGCAGAAACAUUUAAUGAAAAUGGAGCUUUUGUUUAAAAUUUUGUUAACUAGUGUUUUAAAAAGUCCUUCUGGAUAUACAAAAAGUAACUUGUGUGAUAUCUGCUUUUAGUGUGGUGAUCUUUAUUGCUUUUUAUUUUGUAUUUUAUUUUGAUAUAUUUUAAUUUAUAAUGCUUAUUGUAACUUUAUAAGGAAUUUGUAAUUUUAAACAAUUUGUACAUGAUGAAAUAUAGUUCUGUUCAAGAUAAUGAAAUUUUAUAAGGUCAUGAUUAUACAAUUUUAAUCAUUAAGUGUACAGAACACAAAGAUUUUUUCCAGUUUUUGUUUGGUCAUUUGUCAGUUUAGAAUGAUUGUAUAUUUAUAAAGUAUGUAUAUUAAGAUAGACAUUAUUGUGAUGUAAGUUUAUCCCUUUGUUUUACUGAUAUUUUCUCAGUAAAGGUUAUCUUAACACCUAA